CAGGCGUCUACAGCGCGAGGAGGUCCUACUUGACGCAGUCAGAUCUGUCAAGCUCAUUUAUGUCAGAUCUAAACCCAUAUGACCAGUAUGAGGCAUCAGUAACCAUGGACAAAGCAGGCACAUGCCUUGCCGGGGCCAAUGCCCUGUUGAGGAGCGGUGCAUCUGAGGGGUUCCGUGUACCCCCACUCAUCCGAUUUGUCUCCGAGGAGAUGCCAUACUUGUCAAACACCAAUGGGGGACCGCGCAUGUUUGUGAAUCUGGAGGACCAUCUGUCACACACGCUUAAAAAGCCCAACGUCGAGCUUGAGAGAGUUGUGCGGUACUUUGUCGAGGAGUGCGAUGCACGGUUACACUGGGGGAAGGCAGGCUGGCCCUUCUUGGAACCAUGCUUUGAUGGAGCAGCCCACUACGCCAAAUGGUGUGAUUUUGGCUGUGCAGUCCAGGAGUUGGACCCGGGCGGCAAAUUCCAAACGCAGAGCAAUGCAUGGUCGUGGAGAGCCAAACAGAAUGGUGUGGAUGUUCCCCUGAGCCAGUGCUGCACGCCAGCAGGCUUCAGCAGCCAGUGCACAUGUGCCUCAAGGACUGACAGGACGGGAUGCCCUGCGCCGGGGACACAAUUGCACAUUGUGGCUGACUGACAAGCAUGUUGCUUUCGUUAGUCUUCUAUUGUUUGCUGGCAGCUUGCUUUCCUUGUGCCAUGUGCCGGGUUGGCUCUUAUCCAGACAGCCUCAUUCACAGGCUCAUGUCAUCAGCUGAGUUCUCAUCAGUUCUCUGAUGGGCGUAGUAGUGUGCGGAGCAGCUUUUCAUAUUUGAUGGAAGAAAUUUGUUCCACUACGUAGACAUCAUCUCCUGCAUUAUGUCAAGGUGUAUACAGAGCCAGGACUCAGACUCUGGCAAUCAGACGUUACGCAAUGACUGCCAUUGGAGACUUGAUGGUCUGUCACACAUUUUUCAGGAUGUUGAUCUGCCAUAUAGAUCCUUGGGGUCUCCGCAGUUGUUUUGAAAAGAAUGGAUGUUUGCUACAGCUGUACCUGUUCCUCAUGCAGUUUGCAACUUUUCCAAUAAUUGCCAAGAGCACCUGUGCCAAUGGCUUUACCAUACAAAUAGUCCGGUGCACUGCUAUAGAUUAUUGACAACCUGAUCAUCUGCUCUGCUCGUGUUAUGUAACCAGAACAAUGAUGAGCG